AUGGGCCUUAACUUGGAGUUGUACAGAAGCGUGAAGGACCUACCCCUAUCGGAGCGUAAAGAACGUCUGCGACACCUUUCACAUUCGGAACCCUCUAGGGUUUGGAUGAUCGUCAACAGGGAGGAGAAGGCCCAGAGGCUGCAAGAACUCAUCGCAGGUCGUGACCUUGUUCAAGCCGCCCUGAUUAGCCCAUCCAAGAUUGUAUCGAGCAUGUCGUUGAAAUAUACCCUGCUUGGCCGAAGCACUUACUCCCAUGACGAGAAUAUGAUGGUUACACGAAUCGCCAACGACGUCGCAAGAACGAGUCAGACCUUGGUUGACUACAUCGCUGAUUUCGAUCAAAAGGCUCGACCUUUCCCCUUGGAUGCAUGGAAGCUAGGGUAUUGUGAUUUGUAUUAUAUCGAUGGAGGCAGUGCUACACUAGAGGGGAUCUAUGAGGCAUGCCUUCGAGAUGAGGAACUCCAAACCCCUGCCGCACGCGCUAGAGAACUCGUUCGGUAA